UAUCUUUUCCUGGAAUCGAAUCCAAUCAGAACUUGAAACAUUUCUUUUGCAGGAUGCGAUCUCCUUCUUUUGACAUCGAAUCCAAGGAAAAGAUCAUAAUUCAGUUUUCUACUAGCUAGUAGUGCCUUGUAUACUCGAUUUUCCUCUAUUUUUCUGAGAAGUGAUAUAUCAUGUCACGCCAUGGCGAUAUUUCCAGUUCCGCCGACACGGUCGGUGUAUGCGUCUUUCAGUAUCCCAUGCCUCGCCUUCAUACGACAGAAGAAAUCAUGAAUAACGCCAAAAAGAUUUGUGAAAUUGUCCGUGGAACCAAGAUUGGCCUGCCAGGAAUGGAUCUCAUUGUCUUUCCAGAAUACUCCACCAUGGGCAUUAUGUAUGAUCGACAAGAAAUGUUUGACACGGCCUGUGCUAUUCCAGGAGAUUUGACGGACAUGUUUUGUGAAGUUUGCCAGGAAGUGGGAGUCUGGGGCGUCUUUAGUCUCACGGGAGAACAGCAUGAAGAGCAUCCCAAAAAGAAUCCCUACAAUACUCUGGUUCUCAUCAACGAUCAAGGCGAAAUUGUCCAAAAGUACCGAAAACUCUUGCCAUGGACUCCCAUUGAAGGAUGGACUCCAGGCAAUUUGGGAACCAGCGUUGUGGAAGGACCCAAAGGAAUGAAGAUUAGCAUGAUUAUUUGUGAUGACGGAAACUACCCUGAGAUUUGGAGAGAUUGCGCCAUGAGAGGUGCAGAGCUCAUCAUUCGGCCGCAGGGAUACAUGUACCCCGCCAAAGAACAGCAAGUGCAGGUCAGCAAGACAAUGGCUUGGUGCAACCAAGUCUAUGUGGCUGUAGCCAAUGCUUCUGGAUUUGAUGGUGUCUACACCUACUUUGGUCAUUCGGCCAUUAUUGGAUCGGACGGUCGUACACUGGGAGAGUGUGGCACCGAAGACAACGGCAUCCAAUACGCUCAGUUGAGCGUCUCGGGUAUUCGCGAUGCUCGGGCCAAUGAUCAGAGUCAAAACCAACUCUUCAAGCUCACACAUCGUGGAUACACAGGAGUCUAUGCCAAUGGUGAUGGGGACAAGGGUGUGGCUGAAUGUCCCUUCCCCUUUUACACAACAUGGGUGACCAACCCGCUAGAGGCUCAACGAAUGGCCGAAGCCGUCACACGGCGUACCAUUGGUGUAAAAUGCUGUCCUGUGGCUGGCAUUCCAGCACCUGAUGAGAUGAAAGACAUCGAAGAGCUGACUAGUGAGCUCAACCUAACUUGAGGAUUGAAUUCGCUCCGAGAUGGAUCCCUUCUCAGUGGUUCAAUGUACAGAUAGUUUGUAGCUUGCUUUACCCGUCAGUGAAGAUGGAAGAAUGUUGUGGUGGAGUAGUGGAAACUAAAUGUAUCUCUAUAGAGUACGAGUCAGCUGCAGCUAGGAAACGUUGAUGAUAACUGGGAUUCUAGAGCAACAACCUAU